UGUGAAAGGAGCGAGAAGAGGACUGCAACCAAGAAAACCUCAAAGGAAGCAGUUCUGUCAAAGCUAGAUUUUCAGAAACUAGGAGAAACGGAGGGUUCCUCUGCCACCAUGGGAAACCACACAGAUGAACAAGACCAGCAGGAAAUUACCAUGGAUAAUAUGGAAAAAAAGGAUUUUUACCUCGGUGCUUCAAAUGCCAAUGUUGGGACAGGAGUCUAGAGGGACAGAGAUACGUUUGACACUAAAUGGAUGCAAGACUAUCUUGAUGCCUUCGAGACAAGUUAAAUGAGUUGGAGUGGCUUAAAAUUACAAGUUGCGUUCAAAUUAAAAGGGAUUUUUUUCCCCCCCACCUCUCCAUUGUAGAAACUGCUUCUGAGAACAGAGCUCAACUCUGCACUAUCAAAGACUUGAAAACACAGUCUGCUCCAUUUGACAGGCUGUGUUUCCCUACUGCUCACGAAUCAUGUCGGUUCUACUUUAACCCAGACCCAGAGGGAGAGAUCUCUGCAGUCAGUGAGAACAUUGCAAUUUUGGGACUCAAGUCAUGUUUAACUAGUCUCAGACAUCCCAAACUGUCAAGAGUUGAUAAUUUCAUCUUGGAUGCUUUAGAAGAUGUUCUCACAAAGUCAGACAGAGAGCCACGCCGCUUUAAUGCUUGAUCUAUAAACCUGCAAUGAACUGCACUCCCAAUGCCACCGUCACUCCCUGGCUGGGACCUGGUCUGACCCCGGGGGCUGGAGAUGAAACUUCUCAAGCGGGUGGUAGUGGUGCUGGCGCCAGCGGAGGUCUCUGGGUGACAUCCCUGCUUGGUGGCAUGCUUUUACUCAUGUGCACCAUAGGACUGGCAGGCAACAUUUACACACUCAUCAUUACACGCUCAGCUGCUUUGUGCCGGACAGGUUCCAUGUACGUUUACAUCAUUAACUUGGCUCUGGCCGACCUCCUCUACCUCUCCACCAUCCCCUUUGUUGUCUGCACGUACUUUGUCCACGACUGGCUGUUCGGUGAGGCGGGCUGCCGUGUCCUUCUGAGCCUCGAUCUCCUCACCAUGCACGCCAGCGUCUUCAUUUUGGUUGCGAUGAGCUUGGAACGUUACCGUGCCGUGGCCCAGCCCUUCAGCGCCCACAGAUCGUCUUCUCGCAACAGACGACUCGCUGCAGGAAUUAUCUGGGGGCUGGCUUUCAUCUUAACACUUCCCAUGAUGGUUAUGAUACAGCUCAGGGUGGGCAAGCCGACUGCACAUGGCUUUGUUAAGAGAAUCUGCUUCCCUACCUGGACACCGGAGGCCUUCAAGGCUUAUCUCACGGUACUGUUUUUCACAAGUGUUUUACUCCCUGGAUUGAUCAUCGUUGGAUUGUAUGCAGGGCUAGCAAGGCGCUACUGGACAGUGCAGGCAAGUUUAGGGGGUAGUAGCCGCUCAGCCCGGAGAAAAGGACUCAAACAAAAAGUGUUAUCAAUGAUACUGAGUAUUGUAGUAGCCUAUUGGGCUUGUUUCUUACCUUUUUGGGGAUGGCAGCUCGCUAAACUCUUCUCUCCAGAUUCCCUCAAAGCUUUGUCCGCAGCAGCUCACAAUUAUGUCAAUUUCUUUGUCACGUGUCUUACCUACGGGAACAGCUGCAUCAAUCCAUUUCUUUACACUCUUCUGACUCGUAACUAUAAAGAUUAUUUAGCUCAGAAGGGUCAGUCUGGGGGGUCAAGCAAGGCUGAUCCUGGGACAGCCGUGACAACACCUCUUCAGGAACUCUGAUGGAUCACCGUACAGUUCGGCAAAGGACCAUAUUUGACUCAUCAGCUCAAGAGAGACAUUGUUAGACAUGUUAUGUUUAAACAUGCUGUGUGACAUUUUUUUCUUAUAUUUAAAACUAAAACUGGGUAGGUUCAAAUCAGCCAAAAGCAUUAAACGAUCCUACAGUAUAAGGCUGAACAAAAGGGGGGGGGGGCAGUUACUCUCCAUCUUCUUGGAGGAAAUAAGAGAGCCAGUGCUCCAACUGGAGCUACCCAAAUAUUUUCCGUCAGUAAUCAUUUCUUUUACCCUGAAAGAUUUUGUAAAAAAGUGGGUGAAAAAAGUGG